AUGUCUUCAUCACUUUUUAUCCCAAGAACACCAGUAAAUCCACGAAAAUAUGCCUUUUUGCUGCCCGGCAUCACACCUCGAACGCUAUCGCAAUCCGAACAUUUGCUUGAAAAAAACCAUACCGAGCAUCAUAUCUUCUUCAACGAGAGCGGCUUUCACAACCAUCUCGUUCAUCAUUAUUUAGCAGCCUAUUCACUGGGUGCCGACAACAAACGACUAAAGGAAAUCUAUGACGAUCACGCCUCGUAUCAGCGCAAACUCCCGCCUUCAGUGGGUGAGCUUACUCGAGAAAACUACAAAAACGAGCUCGGUAACCGAGAAGCAUACACGAGCUACCUGCGUCUGUUCCAAAAAGAGAUUGAAAAAUAUGGCAUGGUGGACUCGAUCCGACGAUGGAUGUUUGCAGACGACAUGCUGGCUCGAACGGUGGGCGGAGCGUACCAUCCAUUGAUUCAUUUGGGUUAUGCCGUUGAAUUUGAUUUACCGGCCGUGGCAGCAGAAGGAUUGGCCAUGGCAGCUUGUACGGAAGCUAAUUUGAGCCCUCUGAUACCGAACUUACCGUCGUUGCAGGAGAUUCUUGUGCCCGUUCAGGCUGCAUCCAUGGCAUCUAGUGCACGCGAUAUGGUAUCUAAGGUGACAAAUGAUGUGGCAACAAAGCUCGGUUUUGGUGGAAGUGGUAGUAUUACUAGUAGCGGAGCACAAUACCAGCAACGUGACAAGAAGGAUCCCGAAUCAGCAAAUAGCUUGACAGCAACAGACAUGACAGCCAGCUUGAAGGAGGCAAUGAAUAACAAUGCGGUCGUCGAUCUGGCCGAGGAAAUCCACAGAGACACUGACUUUGAUGGCGUGGUCAAGUUUAAGGACUCAAACAAGAUUCGUGCCUUCUUGGCCAAUCCAAAGGGGGUUGAAAAGCUCAAGGUUUAUGCCUCGCGAUGGCAUGUCCAUGAUGAAGAUAAGGACUUACAAGCUAAACUUAAAGAGAUGUAUACCGCAUGCAUGCUCAUUUACGGCGCAUCCGCUAUUCGGGAACAAGGCAUCAAACUGGACUUCUUCUUGAUGCAUGCACUGACAUCCAUCCAUGCCGUUCAUCUGUUAAUGCCACACCUGGCUCCCAACGAAUUCGCUGCACUGCUACGAGGUCACGCAGCAACAACACUCGCAUACUACAUUUCACGCGGCCGACCUAGCCUUCAAGUGGAUCUCCUCCUUAAGUAUGAAUCAGACGAAGCUACCAAUAACUCGGCUAAUCCAUGGCUCAAGAUUUGUGAGCGCGCAAUCAAUGCUCCGGAGGCACAUAUCAUCAAGGUUAUACGCGCAUGUGCUGUUGGACAAGUUGUUUACGGCCACGACAGACGCAGUGAACCUUUUGAAAAGGCGUGGGUCCGACUUGCCGACAUGACACUCAAAAUUGCUGGCAACAAGGUGGACGAUGAUAGUUAUUGGAACCACAAAGGCAUUGGUUUUGACGAAGCUUGGCAGUAA